AUGGUGAAAAGGCAAGGAUUACAAAAACAUGCCAAAACUGCCAAUGAAAAUAAUACUAAAGGAGUUUUACUCUCUUUCGGUGCCAUGUCAUUUUUUAAAUGUGGUGCUGUCUCAUCACCUUUACCUUCCUCUUCUAU